AUGUUUCGAAUUCUAGAGUCGCAGGCUCCGGCCAAACAAACGGCAACGGAUACAAUUGACCUUCUAAGCAGUAGGUUGCAGAGUGCAACCUUGUUGGAGGAUCGGCGAGCUGCAAUCCAAGGUCUACGAAGUUUUGCAAAGCUCUAUCCUGCAUCGGUUGCUUCAGGGGGUUUAAGGUCAUUGAUCAGCAGCCUACACAACGAUGGUGAUGAUGUUGAUACCAUCAAACUGGUCCUCGAGACCCUGUUGAUGCUUUUUACUCCCGACGAGGCGAGCACUGAAGCAUCAGAUGAAAUUGCUCUCUGGCUGGCAGAUGAAUUUACCCAGCGACAAGACAACAUCACUAUUCUACUCGAUCUUUUGGAGACUAGUAACUUUUAUUCACGUCUAUACUCUCUCCAGCUGAUGUACCAUAUCUGCAGUGCGAGGCCCGAGCGAACGCAAGAGUGCAUCUUCACGGCUCCCCUGGGAAUAUCCCGCCUCGUCAAUGUGGUCACGGAUGUUAGAGAGCCGGUCCGAAACGAGGCCCUUGUUUUACUCAUCGCCUUAACCCCCGCCUCGGAAGAAAUACAGAAACUCGUCGCAUUUGAAAAUGCUUUCGAGAUAUUAUUCUCAUUAAUCGAGUCAGAAGGGUCAUUGAUCCACGGCACCGAAGUGGUUGAGGAUUGCCUUUCCUUACUUGCCCUUUUACUACGGUACAAUAUUUCCAACCAAUCUUAUUUCCGAGAGACCGGCUGCGUGCAGAAAGUGACGAAGCUACUUCUCGACUGCCAACGUGAGGAAGAGGGCGAAGUAACUCCUCCACAAUGGCCUUCAGAUCACCGUGACAAGAAUGUCUGGGGUCUUUUGGCUGUCAUCCAACUGUUUCUACUACGUGGGGGCAAGGGAACUCACAACAAUCAAACAUCAUUUUGGCAACAUGGUGUGACUGAACAAGUUCUCAGUAUAGCCUUUGGUCAGAGAUUUAGUGUCAAUGUUACGGCAAAGGCUCUAGCCACAUGUGCAGAUCUCAUUCGCGGAAAUUCUCCAUUGCAAGAGAGAUUUGGUGACAUCGAGGUGUUCUGGGGUUCUCAUACCCAAGGAGAUAAUGGAAGUGCGGAACCGGAGCGCAUCAAUGUUAUCGAAGCAUUCCUCAAAUUGACCUUACAGCCUGCCCCCAACAGUUUGUUGGAUGCUCGUCUUGCAGCCUGUGAAUGCAUGAAAGCAUUUUACUCUCAGCAUCCUGGCAUUCGCAUGCAUGUGCUCAGACGUGCAGUUGAAGGGCAUGUUAGCGGACAGGAUCUGAUCCCCAAUAUUCUAUCUGCGCUGUUAACAGCACCAGAAUCUCGAGGAAAUGCCGAUCCGUAUCAAGUUUGGAUGGCCUGUGUAUUGAUGUUCCACCUGCUUUUUGACGACGCUGAAGCAAAAGCAACUGCCAUGAAAGUCACUGAGGGCGAUGCAGAGAAUGGCGAGGAAGUUGUGACCAGUGUUCAGUUAGUUGUCGGAAACUUGAUCACAGGUUUGCAACGCGGUGAUGAUGAAAGAAUCACUGUUGGAUAUUUGAUGCUACUAUGUGGUUGGCUUUUCGAAGACCCAGAUGUUGUAAAUGAUUUCCUCGGGGAGGGCAGCAGUAUCCAGACUCUUUUACAGGAGAUCAAACAUCCAAGAACACCCAGCAAGUUGGUGCCAGGACUCUGUACAGCUCUAUUGGGAAUUAUCUACGAGUUCUCUACUAAAGAUUCUCCCAUCCCACGAGUAACAUUGCACAAGCUUCUCAUUGAGCAACUCGGAAGAGAGCAGUACAUUGACAAGAUUACGAAGCUGAGAGAAUGCCCCUUGGUUCGUGAUUUUGAGGUCUUGCCACAAACCUCCAAUGGGCAAGUUGAAGGCGGUCUUCCUGAAGUCUUUUUUGACCGCGCUUUCGUCGAGUUUCUCAAAGACAAUUUUAGUCGUUUGAUUCGAGCCAUUGAUCGUGAACCAGGAUUCGAGAUCUCAAUCGUUGCCAAUGGAGUUGAAAAGGGCGUCUCAAGGGAACUUGUGGACUCAUUACGUGCGGAACUAGAUGACCGGAGCCAAACAAUUGAAAAAUUGGAAACGGAAAUUGUCACUUUCCAACGAAAGUACGAUCAAGAGCAGUUGGAUCACCGAAAAACAAAAGAGUCAAGCUCAUGGGAACUUUCUAAGGUUCAGCAGGCCUAUCAAUCUCUUCAGCGCUCCCAUGAAGAGGAGCUGUCAAAGUUAGAAGAGCAACACAAACGCUCCGAAAACGAAUUGCUCAAGCAGCAUGGCGACCAGCUCCGUAUCAUUGACGGUCAGCUGAAAGGAACGUCGGCCGAGUACGAAAGAAAGACCAGCCAAAUGCGAGAAAGCCAUGAACGAGAAAUUGCCAAAUUGCACAAGACCAUUCGUGGCCUGGAAUCCGAACUGGUCACUGCUAAGGAACAGUACGUUGGCGAGGUCGCUGGCCUGCACAAGACCAUCCAGGAAUUGCAAUUGGCGAUUCGCCAAUCUAAAGAAGGCCAUGCACGAGAAGUUACUCAUCUUCAAAAAACCAUCCAGGAGCUUGAAUCGAAGUUUAGUCAGUCCAAUGAAGGCCACGUGGGCGAGAUUGCCGGCCUUCGAACGACCAUCCAGGGGCUGGAAUCGACUCUUAGUAAAUCCAAAGAUGGUCAUGCGAAUGAGAUUACCUCUCUUCGAAAAACCAUCAUCGAGCUUGAAUCAACGAUUAAUGAGUCUAAGGAAGGUCACGCGGGUGAGACCGCCCGCCUUCAAAAGACCAUUAAGGAUUUGGAAUCAACGAUCACUCAAUCCAAAGAAGGCCACGCUGGACAAACUGUUGAUCUUGAGCAAAAGAUUCAGAACCUGGAAUCCACUCUCAAAUCAACCAAGAGCCAGCACAAUAUAGACGUCACAGGUCUCAAGGAUACGAUUUCAAGUCUGGAGUCAAAGCUGGCUGCUGCUAAUGACCAACAUACCACUGAUGCUGCUGAGCUUAAGAAAACAAUCAAGAAAACCCAAUCAGAUCUCGACAGUUCUCAUGAAAGGUCCACCAAAGAUACAAAGGCAGCCAACGAAUUAUCCUCCAGGAUAUCAUCUCUGGAAUUGCGUGCAACUGAUGCUGAAAGCAAGAUGAAAGAUGCAUUGUCUCAAGCUCAGAGUGCAGCUGAUGCACUCAAAGAGAUUCAAGCACAGCUUGGGAAAGCACAAUCUGAGGCAAAAGACAAUGAAGAAGCUCGUCAAUCUGCCCAGUCAGAAUUGGAUGACUUGCUGAUUGUUUUUGGCGAUCUAGAGGCCAAAAGAAACGAGGCCAAGAAACGACUCAAGGAUCUUGGCCAGGACGUGUCAGAGGACGAAGAAGAUGACUAUGAAGAUGAAGAUGACGAGGAGUAA